AUGGACUUGAAGACGUGCAGCCGCCAGAUCCGGGACUGUGGGCGCGCGGCCCGCUGGCAAGCAGCGCUCAGCUGCCUGGACCAGUUAGACCGCCGCCAGCUGCGCGCGGACCUCAUCGCCUGCAGCGCUGCUAUCAGCGCCUGCGCCAAGGGCGCGGCCUGGCGCUGCGCCCUGCAGCUGCUGCGGGCGUUGGAGGAGGACUGCGUGCAAACCGACGCAGUGGUCUAUGGCGCUGGCAUCAGCGCCUGCGAAAAAGGCGGUGAGUGGCAGCAGGCGCUGAACUUGGUGGCGGAACUGCAGCUGCGCCGGCUGCAGGGCAACACCAUCGUCUACAACUCCGCCAUCAGCGCCUGCGCUAAGUGCAACCAGUGGCAGCAGGCCUUGCGGCUGCUGCAGGACCUAUCAGAGCACCUCCGAGCAGACGUCAUCAGUUUCAAUGCAGCCAUCGCCGCCUGUGGCAAUUCCGGCGACGCCGCCUGCGUCCCGUGGGGCGCGGCGCUGUGGCUGCUGGGGGUGCUGCGAGCGGCAUGGCUGGCGCCGGACGUGGUGAGCUACAGCUCCGCUAUCAGCGCCUGCGAGAAGGCAGGCGAGUGGCAGAUGGGCCUGGCGCUGCUGGACCAGCUGUGCCAUGAGGAGCUCCGACCCGACGUGGUCCUGUACAACGCCUGCGUCAGCGCCUGCGGCGCGGCAUCGGAGUGGCAGAGAGCCCAGGAGUUGCUGCGAGAGCUGCACGCGUCGCCGCUGCGCGCCACGGUGGUGACCUUCAACGCGUUGCUCAGCGCCUACGAGAAGGCGUGCCAGUGGCAAAGGGCGGAGGCCAUGCUGGUGACGCUUCUCGUCGCAGACGUAACAUCUUACAACUCUGUGGUGAGCUCUUAUGAGAAGGCCGGAGAAUGGCAGCGGGCGUUGCAAUUGCUGCACACCAUGAAGGCUUUUGCUACCCCGGAUGUAGUAUCUUACAGCUCCGCCAUCAGCGCCUGCGAGAAGCGAUCCGAGUGGCAAAAAGCCUUGGCCCUGCUGGCGGAGGCUUUAGAGCGGCGUGUGGAAGCGGACGUGAUUUUGUACAGCUCCAGCAUCAGCGCCUGCGAAAAGCGGAAAGAGGCCGGGCAGGCGGUGCUUCUGCUGCGGGAGGCGCAGAGAAGCCGCCUAGAGCCGGACAUCACCAGCUACAACGCCGCCAUCAGCGCCUGUCAGAACCCUGGAGACUGGCUGAGAGCGCAUGGGCUCCUGCAGGAGCUCACAGCGCGUAACGUGGUGACUGUUGGUGCGGCCAUCUACGCCUUUGGGAAGAGCUGGAAAUGGCACAAGGCCGUGCGGUUGCUGGCCGAGAUGGAAGAGCACCAGGUAGAGGCCAACCUGGUGGUGGCCAACGGGAGCCUCCAGGCGCUCGCCUGGGCCAAAGCUUGGCGCCACAGCUCCGCGCUGCUCAGCUCCAGCGCCGAACCCCGCAACGCGUUGACCUACGCCUUUGCCAUGGAUGCCUUUGAGGGUUCCGCCGCAGCUUUGCAGGCAGUGUGCUGUUUGCACGACCUCGGAAGCUGCGAUUUGAAGCCGGAAAAGAUGGGCUGCUCGGCCGUGGGCUCCGUGCCGCGAAGGGCGGAUGUGAAGGCGCGUUUUGCAGAGAAGUUCUGCGGAGGAAGCGAGGCCGCCGUUCUGGAGCCGCGGCAUCUAGGCUUUGCGAUCUUGAUUUGGCGUAGCACGCUGGGCCACUCCGAGGUGGAGCACGCCCGGGCACCCCAGCGCACCCCACCCGGCAGAUUGCCAUCGCGAAGACGGCGCAUGGGCAGCUGGGCCCUUCGGGCAAAGUUCCAACCAGACAUUGCAAGUCUGGCGAAGCAAUCGGGCAUCAGCCUUGCCGUGGCAAGCCGUCGGAGCGACGCGGUCAAGUUGGGCAGAGUGCCGCACUCCACGCAGCUUUUGGGCAGUCUUCGCUUUGAGACUCGGAGCGGCUGCGCUUCCGACUGA